AUGUUUCUUAGGCAUGCAAAAUCCAACCCAUUGUCCUUCAAAAAAUAUCCCUCCCCUUACGUAAAUCUACAUCCCCUAUCAAAAGUUUCUACUAUAAGAUGUGCCGCAGCAGAACAUCCUAGUUCACAUUCUGUUGAUCCACAAGUGAACAUCGUGACAAAGAACCCUAUCAUAUAUGCUCUGGUGGAUGCAUUCACUGACAAACCAUUUAAAGGCAACCCAGCAGCCGUGUGUCUCUUAGAAGAUGAAGAUAAAAGAGACGACGGGUGGUUCAUAGGAGUAGCUAGUGAGUUCAACGCCCCAAUAACAUGCUUCUUGUCCCGGAUUCGUUACUAUAAAGAUAAUGAAUCCGACCAUGAUAACAAAAAUUAUUAUCCCAUUUUCAACAUUAGGUGGUUCACUAGUAUUACAGAGGUUAAUCUUUCUGGCCAUGGAACCUUGGCAGCUGCACAAUAUCUGUUUACACGUGGUUUGGUAAAAGCAGACAAGAUUGUAUUUGUCACACUAUCCGGAAUAACCCUGACCGUAAAGAAGAUUCUUGCCUGCAGGAAUGGAGACAAAGAAGACUUCUCUAUUGAAAUGGACUUCCCUUCGAAUGCACUAGUUGAAUGCAAUCCCCAGGAUAUACCCAACAUACCACUUACUCUUAAUGGGGUUUCUGUUCUCAAUGUAAAGAAAACGGGUUUUCUUGAUGAUGUACUUAUUGAGGUUUCAUCGGGACAGAGUGUGAUAGACUUGAAACCAAACUAUGAUGAGCUACAAGAGCGUAAGGGUCGUGAAAGGGUAAUUUACAUAACAGGGAAAGCUCCUGAAGGAUCAGGUUUCGAUUUCAUCUCUCGCGUAUUUGGUCCAACUAUAGGUGUCCUUGAGGAUCAAGCAUGUGGGAGUUGUCACUGUGCCUUGACACCUUAUUGGGGCAAAAAGCUGGGAAAAACUGAUCUUCGUUCUUAUAUGGCUUCUCCGAGAGGAGGUGUGUUUGAUCUCCAUUUGGAUGAAGAAAACGGAAGGGUGAAGAUUAGAGGAAAAGCUUUUACUGUCAUGCAAGGUUCUCUAUUUGCUCAAUGAGCAGUGUAGAACAUUCAGGAUCACUUAUGAUCGAGGUGUUAUAAAAUGUCUCCCGCUACUGGUUACAUGCAUUAUUUUAUGUUGCGCUUGCGCGAUAUAAAGUGUUAUGUGUCUAAGUUUAUGUUGUGAGUCUAGA